UCAAAAAUAUAUUUAUAAUAAUAAAAAUAACGAAUGACCUAAACAAACUUUAGGUGUGGUAAACUGACAAUAUGCGUCUAAUAAAAUAAAUUGUUCUAUAAAUUAAAUAUAAACAAUCUUAUUAAUCAUAACAAGAUAUUGAAAACUCAAUAUAGUGCAUCAUUAAAACAUACUUGUAGACAAGAAAUACUAAGACACGUAAAGCACUACUAACAAAUUGUAGCUGCUAAUUAGAUAAUUUAGUAGAUGGCGCAGUACUGUGUGAUACGUUUUGUAGUAUACAGCCUGACAAUUUCGAGGGCAACAGUGAGCGAGACAUAAAUAAUCCAAAUUGAAUUGAUUAUGACUAUACUUAUAGUGUCAUCAUAUUCAGUUUAUUUAAAACUAAGCGUCUUGGCACUGCUUUAUCUAUGAUACCCGAUGACGACUUUGAUUUCAAGUAAAUAUGUAGGUAACGUAUGCGGAAUAAUAAUUUGCACCAAGUUUUCAUACAAAAUUUGGAGACUAAAUGACUCGAUAUUUGGGUCAAUCACUUUUUUUUUGUUUUUGUGUGGCACUACUGAACAAUCUAUUUUUACUAUUAAACUAAUUAACAUAUAUGGUUUCAAAUAUGUUCCACAUUAAAUUAGACUGGUUAAUGACAAUUGAGUAAAAUAUGAAAUUAUACAUUUUAUAAUUUACACAAAAUUUAUUGGUUUUCUAGGAGACACAUUUUUACCUCCAUACUAAACUUUCCUGUCACUGCGUGCACAUUAAGAGUUAAAUACCUUUAUGGUGUGAAAAAAUCCCACUGUAGCAUUUAAUGUUACGGUCUGUUCCAACAGACCAUUGCGUUUAUUAUCUUGUAAUGCUAUGCAAAAGCAAGAAAAAUAAUCACUUUUUUUAAGAAUUACGUUUCAAAAAAUGUCACUGUCUAUCAUAAAAAUACUAGUUCUCCCGACUCACCGAGUCAAAAGUAGGCAUUGAAUGGCGUGAUGUCGCAUGACCUUGGCUCGACCAAUAGAAAACCGACCUGAGCGUCACGUGAGUCGGUCCGCCAUUGCAGCGGCAGUUAGUCGCGUCGUUCAUUUCGUCCGGAGCUCUGAUACAGGUAAGGUGGCUUUAUUCCGUUUCUCCUGACUUACUGCGAUUUUACGUAAUGUUUGUAUGAUUUUAGUUUAAAACUAGAGUUUGUUACGUGGCACUGAGGUCUAAUAUUCAUGAGCGACCUAUUUAGUUUCAUCUUUUAUUUUAAUUAUGCAUUUAUCUGGUAUUAACACAAGUUUGUCUCCUGAGUCACCGGUCCCCUAGCUGACUUUUUCGGUGACCCAAGAGACAAUCUUGGUAAGCCAUGAGACAUUUACUUGUUUUGCAAGGUUUGAGUGAAUAAAGGUACAAUAAGCUAUUUAAUUGUUACUAUUUAUAGUACGUAAAUGGAUCGCCAUAUGUGCAAUAUGAAAAAAAACUUAAUUUUUGUUUUUCUAUUGUGUUUAUUACGAUACAACUAUCAUUUAAUUUUUCACUGCCUAUUUUGAAUAUAUUUUUAUGUUAACGUGCUUAUUCGUCAUAAUUAGUUAUCUUAUCUCUCAUGGCUAGGAGGGAAUGGACUCUAAUUAACACGCUGGCUGGAAAUAACGCUUGGUUGGAAACUUAUUUUCACGAUAUUUCUCUUCACCAAAAUGUUAUCGGUGAUUGUUGAAUCAUUCCGAGAACAUGUUUGUACUGAAAAACUAAAUGGCACGUUUCACAAUCCUCUAUUUAAAAGUUGUAUGCUCAAAUCACCCUGUUACUAAUCGCUUUUUAUUGCUUGUUUGCUCAUACUAAUCAUCCAUUGCAGCGAAAAUGCCAUUGUCAGCCGCCGAAAAACAGAGACGCUAUAAAGAAAAGUUAAAGAAGGACCCGGAGAAAUAUGAGGAAUAUAAAAAGAAAAAAAGAGAAUGUUAUCACGCAAAGAAGAAGUUAGUGAAGGACCUGACUCCGAAAGAACACUAUAAUGCUAAAAUAAUAUGGAAACUAAGAAAAAAGAAUUUAAGGCAAAACAAGAAAAAUCUAAGUCGUGUUCUCGAAGUCACACCUCCAAGUUCACCAGUAACUGCACAGGAUAUUUUGGAAAACAACCCUCAAGAAAUGGGUCAUAUGGAAGAAACUAAUAGAGAAGAAUUGAGGGAAAGUGAAGAGCUUCAUAAUAAAACCGUAGACAAAAAGAGGGAAAGAGGCCGAAAGAAAAUCCGAAGAGAUCGCACAAAAUUAUACAAAGAAAAUUUAAAAUUAAAGCAAGAAAACCAAAAACUAAAAAUGGCGUCUGAAAAGUAUAAACAACGUUAUUUUAGACAAAAACGCAAAUAUCGUAAAAUAACAUCACAUGAAAGUGAUGAGGCGAAAUACAAUAUCUUAACAAACGCCAUAAAAGAUAGAUAUCAGAAAAUUAAGAAAGCCAAAGAAAAGAGACUAUUGAGAAGUAUUUUUGAAAAUGUCGCAAAGCCCAAAAGAAAAGAAAUAAUGAAGGAAACUCUUGGGUUGACUGGUGGUUUAAGGGAAAACGAAAACAUCAAAAGCUUAAUACGUGGAGAGAAGCUGUUGAAAAAUAUUGUUCAAGAUUUUUUCCUUCGAGAUGACGUAUCACGAGCGACUGCGGGGAAAAAAGAAACAAUAACAAAGGCAAAGAUAAAAGCCCAAAAGAGGUUUCUAUUAGAUAAUAUGAAAAGAUUAUUCAAUGUCUUUAAAAAAGAGAACCCAAACACAAAAUGUUCAUAUUACACUUUUACGAAAUACAGGCCAUUCUUCACCGUGAAACCCUCUGCAGAUGGACGAGAAAUGUGCUUAUGUAAAGUACACGUCAACCCCGUUUACAAGGCAAGAGUUCUUAAACGGAAACGAAUAAUACCCUCAGAUGAUUUAAACGUCCUCAUUACGUCUACAGUUUGUAACACGGAGAGUCAAGCUUGCAUGUAUGGAACAUGCGACACGUGUUGUCUUAAAGAUAUCCCGCAUGAUCUACAAAAUGAGACAGAAAAUGUAAAGUGGCAAGAAUGGGUUCGACAGGAAAUAGCGUAUGAAAAAAAUGGGAAACAAAUGAAAGCUAUGAAGAAUAUUAAAAUACAGAAAGAAGAUCAAGCUAAAGAAUUGCUGAGAAACUUUAAUGACGAAUUGAAAACACUAAAAAAGCAUGUGUACAAUAUUAAAGUACAAUAUCGCAGUUUUCGACAGGCUGUUGAUAAAUUGGAGGAAUCAGAGAUGGUCUUGGUCGCAGAUUUUAGCGAAAAUUAUAAUUGUAAGUGUUUUGAAGAAAUACAGGCACAUCAUUUUGGUGGCUCAAGAGAGCAAGUGUCACUACACACGGUUGUAGUUUCACUACCAAUAAAUUAGAUCCCAAACCUAAUGUGAAUUCCUACUGUACCGUAUCGUCAAACUUGUGUCAUCAGCCUGCAGCAAUUUGGGCUCACCUCCGACCCAUUCUUUUAGAAAUUCGCCAAAAUUAUCCGGGAAUAAAAACCGUGCAUUUUUUUUCAGACGGGCCCUUCAGUCAAUACAGGCAAAAGCAAAAUUUUUAUUUGAGUUCGACAAAAAUUUUUGACUAUGGGUUCCAGUCAAUGACGUGGUCCUUUUUUGAAGCUGGCCACGGCAAAGGUCCAGCCGAUGGUAUAGGGGGCUAUCUAAAAAGAACCGCAGAUAAUAUGGUAGCUACAGGUAUGGACAUUGUCAAUGCAGAAGAUUUUUACAAUGCUCUGAAAGAACAAAGCAAAAUCAAGCUAUUUCUCAUUACCGGACAAGAAAUAAACAGUUUCCAGAUACAACUGCCACAAAAUAUAAAGCCCUUGAAAGGAACCAUCAGUAUGCAUCAACUAUUCGCAACUGAAGCAGGUCGACUGCAAUGUCGUGACUUAAGUUGUUUUUGUGAAAGAGGAUUUUGCCAGUGUCGAAAUCCGAAACAUUAUCAGCCAAUUAAUGUUGAAGACAACCCUGCACUCAAUAACGAUGAUCCUGACUAUGCUGAGGUAGUUAAGACAAGUGGUAUUAAUGAAGAGCUCAGUUCUGAUGAUGACGAUGACAUUCCUCUAUGUCAACUUAAGGAUGCGAACGAGAGGGUUUUAAAAGAAAUAACUGUGUCUGAUUUGUGUAAACCUCGCGAAGGAACUUUGUAUGAUGCAGUGUACACCAAUCCGGAACCAUGUACUUCGGGGAUUCAAGACAAAGAAAACCGAUCAGUAAAGUGUGGGGAUUUUUUAUUAGUAAAUGUUAGCGGAUCCAAAGGUAAACUUUUCAGAUACGUCUGCAAAGUUAACGGUUUAGACGAUGAUGGCGAAAUGCUCGUCAUGUUUUUGCGUAAAGUCAAAGGAAAACAAAUAUUUCGACUGGAUCCAAACGAUUUUUCAUACAUUGACCCUAGAGACGUAAUAAAAAUACUUCAAAAACCGGUAAUAACAAUUAAAAGACAGCAGGAAUAUUUUGACUUCAAAAAUAUUAUUAAUGUUUUAGAAAAAUAAAAUAAAAUUGUUAAUUGUCUUUCUAUUGUAAUAGAUCUGAAAAAUCUCGUGGUAUUGGGUGUUAAGUUGUGGAGAUCACAUUCUUAUGUUAAUUAAAAGUCUGAUUAAAGGAUAUUAUUGUUCCGUUUAUUAUAAUUAAGGAUCCAAAGAUUUAAUUUUUGUUAUGGUUGAUUUAUAAAAAUAUAAAUGAUUACUUGCUGUGAUUAUUAAGAACAAAAACUGUUAAUAAGUUUUUUUGUGUUAAGUGGCGGAGAGCUUAUUCUGAUGUUAAUUAAAAAUCUGAUUAGAGGGUAGUAUUGUUCCGUUUAGUUUAGUUGAUUCAUAAAAAUACAAAUGAUUGCUUGCUGUGAUUAUUAUAGCAAAAACUGUUUAGAAUUUGUUUUUAUUUACUUCAAUAAUGAUAAUACAUUUUUCUAUGGUAUUAUUUUGUUUCAUUUCAUUCCCAAUAAAGCUGUCAUUAAUGAUCUGUAUGAUGAUUAUGAAAAAGGUCUAACAAAUAUGUCAUACGAUCAUAUAAAUCAAGCUUGUUCCAUUUUAAAAUUAUCUUGAGUCACCGAUUUGUCUCUUGGGUAACCAACUCGUAAAAAAAAGUCUCUUGGGUUACCGUUUUUUCUCUUGGGUAACCAACAUGUCACAUAAAAAUUAACAUAUUUUUAUUUUUUUUGUAUGGAAUAUUAACAGUUUUACUUUAGCUUUUACGAUAAAUUUUGUUUAAAAUAAAGGGAGAAUUCAAGUUAUGGUGUUUGUUUUAUUUGUAUAAUUGGUUAUUACUAUUUAAAAGAAAAGUUUUUUUAUGUUCUUGUCAACAGUGACUCAAGAGACAUAACUAAUUGUUGUAAUUUUGUACUUAUAUAAUAUUUUGCCAUAAUUUACAUGUGUAACUAACAAAAAUGUGUUUAUGUAAACAUUGCAAUGGCUUCACUUUUUUCAACAUGCUAUUUUAUUGAGUUAUCCAUGGUUACACAGGGGACCACAUUAAACCUCAAAUUAUGUUUGUGAUCAUAUUAAACUAUGUAAUAAUCAUAAAAGUCCGCGGCUACUCCUGAAAUAUUAAAGUUCAAUAUAUGUAAUAUGCUAAAACCGCAUAAAAAUGUAAAAAGAAGUUAUUUUAUAUUUUGAUUUGUUCUUUAUCAAAAAACAAAAAAAAGGUGAUUGACCCAUUUAAAACUUGAUAUUAUCAUUUGUUUUCUGUAUAUCUGUCAAAGUGUUGUACGAAUCAUUCGAUUGUAAGAUUUGUGUGAAAAAUUAUGGCAAAUCACGAAGAAAUUCGUCGAAAAAACGUGUGAUUUUCGCGUCACAUAUCCAGAUUGGCCGAAGUCGAGGAUUGUUAAACAUUUUACAGAAAUGGGGGAGAGCCGAAGGACGGCUUAUAAAUAUAUUAUCAUCCUAUUCCCUUCGACAUACGGCUACUAGAAAUCCAGGUUCGGAAAAAGCCGAUACUCAAGGACUCAGAAAAGUUUUCACUGUGAUGGCAAAACAGUGAAAAAGUAUCUAUGUACAUGAUAUGGGCAUUGCGAAACAAGCAAGAAAAGUAAAACCCAUCGUUGUCCGAAAACUAAAAACUUACACAGAAGAAGAGACUUACAACUUUGGUCAAAAACAAUUAUUUUAUGCAAAAAAACGACGUAGAAUGAAUUAUGGACGACGAAUCAUAUUUCACCUUAGACGGCAAUGAAUGGCAACUUUUAUUUCCAGAACGCUAAUGACCCAAAUGAAAAAUCAGUAAAAUAUAUAUGGAGCACACUAAAGGCCCUGCCAGGAUAAGCUAAGUGAGUCUGCCCCCAGCGAGUUUUGGCUUGUAAUUUUUUUUAUUGAUUUGUCUUUCUAUUAGUAUCGAGUAUGCCAAAUUUCAGCUCCCCAAACUUUAUAGUUAAAUAAAAAAAAAAACGAAAUAUGAUCUUUCUUCAAUAUUACAUUUCCUAGAAACGCUAUAAUUCAAAUCGGAAUGAUUACAACCUCUUUAGAGAAACGUACAUGUUGCAUAUUAAAUACUGGCCACUUACAUUUCAGCUUUUUAAAAGGGUUAAAAAAAACAAUAAAAAAAAUCGUUUUGCAGCAAAAAGAACUCAUUUCGAUUGUCGUGCGUUGGGAAAAUAAAAACAACGAUAUGAAUUCAUUAACAAAAACGACUGCAAUACAACGCGUUUUCCGUAAGAAAGUUAAAACGCUAUAUUGCCUCGCAAUAAAAACAAUACUUCAGUGUAUAAACGAACAAUACGAUUUUUUUAAUAAUACGCUUCCAAUUUUUGAACAGAUAAUUGUCAAAAAGGCAUCUUGUGCAUUUGUAUAGUAAUUAAAUAUACCUAAAGCAUUUCAUGUAAAGAUAUCUACAUGUUCUCCCUCAGCCAAAAUUUUGAAAAAAAAUACAUAUUAUAGGACGUUGGUGGGUGUAUUACCAGUGAAAAAAUUGGAGCGGUCUCUAACGUGAAAGUAAAAGAAAAAAAAAUCUGAAGAAUUUUAUUGUAUUUUUUUUUUCUAUGGCAUAAUGAAAAUAUAAUUAAGGUCAUUUAAUCAUCUUUAUUAAAUGUACAAUAUAUGCCAAGCUCGUUAAAAUAGGUUGACUAGAAAAGAAAAUAUUGAAGAAAGAUCAUAUUUCGUUUUUUAUUAUUAUUCAACUAUAAAGUUUGGGGAGCUGAAAUUUGGCAUACUCGAUACUAAUAGAAAGACAAAUCAAUAAAAAAAAUUACAAGCCAAAACUCGCUGGGGGCAGACUCACUUAGCUUAUCCUGGCAGGGCCUUUCCAAAAAAAGUAUGUGUGUGGCUUGCGGUGUUUUUUGAAUCUGGUUUAGCAGUCAUUGCUGAACAAUACAUGCAGGGUUGUUUGCCGAUUGUACGUGAUCGUAAAGACGUAUACGUUUUCAUAAAGAAAACACAGCACAGAUGAACUAAUGUUGUGUUUUCGCCCGAUCUAGCAUCCAGCCAUUAUUCAAAAAAGACCCUGGCUAAAAUAGAGGAGCUAGGAAUCCCAUAUGUACCAAAGGAUUCAAAUCAGCCUAACCUAAACGUACCACAACUUUCCCCGAUCGAAGAUUUUGGGCCAACCUAAAAUGGCGUGUUUAUUUGAAUAAUUUCGGGCUAAAAAUAUACAGGUUCUAAUUUUUUUAUAAUAAUUAUUAUUCUUAUUCUUAAUUCGAAAAUUUCAAUUAGAAUUAAACAAAAUGCCAACACCGACUUACACAGGCGCCAUGGAUAAACUGCCAACAAAUUGUCGAAAAGCAGCAUGCAUGGGGCCAAAUUACUUUUUACAUUAAAAUUUGUUAGAUGAUUGUUAUAAAAAAUACAUAACAUGAUCGUUAUAUUAAAUAUUUUUUUUAUUUGAUAAGGUUGCACAAAUAUUGUGCAAAAUUUCAUUCCGCAUACGUUAAACCCUGACUAUACUAUUGUCAUCCACGAAGAAGCACUCAACACCUUCUCAACCUGUACUGGUAGCUAAAGUAACUGUAGAAGGGUGGAGCGCGCCAUCGCAAAAUCAUCUAUACUUAGUAUUAGGGGCUGUC